GACUUGCGGGGUUGCCUGGGCCUGAGUCACCGACCCCGCCCUACGGAGCUGGACGCAGCCGGAGGCCCUGGAGCAGCACCGGCCAGCGGUCGGCGGACGCGUGAGUGACAAGGGCAGCGCCGGGAAUCUUGAGUGGCAGCCAUGUUCCUGGUUAACUCCUUCCUGAAGGGUGGGGGCGGCGGCGGCGGCGGCGGCGGCGGGGGAGGCGGGGGCUUUGGGAAUAUGCUCGGAGGCCUGAUCAGCGGAGCCAGUGGCGGCGGCGGCGGCGGCGGGGGAGGUGGAGGCCUGGGCAAUGUGAUCGGAGGACUGAUCGGCGGUGGCGGCGGCGGCGGCGGCGGCGGAGGAGGAGGUGGCGGAACUGCCAUGCGCAUCUUGGGCGGGGUCAUCAGCGCCAUCAGUGAGGCGGCUGCGCAGUACAACCCAGAGCCCCCGCCCCCACGCACCCAUUAUGCCAACAUUGAGGCCAAUGAGAGCGAGGAGGUCCGUCAGUUCCGGCGACUCUUUGCGCAGCUGGCUGGAGAUGACAUGGAGGUCAGUGCCACAGAACUCAUGAACAUUCUCAACAAGGUGGUAACUCGACACCCUGAUCUGAAGACUGAUGGUUUUGGCAUUGACACGUGCCGCAGCAUGGUGGCCGUCAUGGAUAGCGACACCACAGGCAAGCUGGGCUUUGAGGAGUUCAAGUACUUGUGGAACAACAUCAAAAAGUGGCAGGCCAUAUACAAACAGUUUGAUGCUGACCGUUCAGGGACCAUCAGCAGCGGUGAACUCCCAGGGGCCUUUGAGGCAGCAGGCUUCCGCCUGAAUGAGCAUCUCUACACCAUGAUCAUCCGCCGCUACUCAGAUGAAGCAGGAAAUAUGGAUUUUGACAACUUCAUCAGCUGCCUGGUCAGGCUGGAUGCCAUGUUCCGUGCCUUCAAAUCUCUUGACAAAGAUGGCACUGGACAAAUCCAGGUGAACAUCCAGGAGUGGCUACAGCUGACCAUGUAUUCCUGAGCAGAAUUCCAGAACUGCCCCUCUUCGCCACGCUAUAGGAGUCACCUUGGAGCCUUCGGUCUCCCAGGGCUGAUCUUGUCUGCAGUGUCUUCAUGGGUUCUGCCGACCCACAGGCCUUUACGUUCUCCCAGCCCUUGGCACCAGCUGGCUUCUCAGUCAGCAGCCAGGGCCCAACAUGCCCCAACACGCCCUGGCCCAUGUUACCCCAGGUCACCCAGUUCCCAGCACACCCAUCUCACGCUCACCCCGUAACCUCUUCUGUGCACCUGUGCCAAGCCCCAUAUGCCCCACGGGCCCAUCUCUCAGUCCUGUGAGGUUCACUUCAGUCCCCACACACCCUGGCACACCCCUCAGUUACCACCCAGGCAGCCUGACUCCAGGCCGCAGAGGCCUGCGCGCCCCAGUGCCUUUGUAUCUGAUCCGGCCUGCCGGAUCUAGGCAGAAAUAAAUACACCUGGUUGCUGCUCUCUCUGA